CCCACCCAAGCUCUGCGUUCUCCUGAGGUGAGAGAUAAAAGUUCCGGCCAAUGUUGGCGGAGGGGCCAAAGGUUGAAAAGAGUUAUUUUCUGAGAGUUUAGCAUGCGAUCCCAGGCAGGGUGUAAUGAAGUGAGAGGAAAUUCACUGUGGCAUGCAUAAUUUGCCCUGCUGCCUGAUGCAGUGAAAUGCUGACUCGCUUUACCUUGGCAGACUCUUUGAGGCUAUUAAUCUUUUUUUUCCUCAUCUGCCUUCAGAGUGUUUGUAACUAUGUUUACUCUGGCAGGCAGCUCUUGCCAAGCAGACUUUAUGGAGCGGGUUUUCCUCUGUGCUGGAUUGGCGACGGAUCUUCGGCCUGGCUUGGUCACCACCCACCUCGUGACUGCACCCCUGACCACGGCGGACUUUCCUUUGCCAGGUUAAUUAUCGCAAGUUGGGUGGGUGCCAGGACUAGUUGGAUCACCGUCUGGCUGUCAGCCAGCCUUGAGCGGCAGGAAGCGUGCAUGCAUUGGGCAAACACAUCCAGCACCGUAAGGCUGAAAGAGUCUGUGAAUUCGACAGUCAUUUUUACAGUGGAAGAGCAAGGCAUACAGCUCGCUUUCUGCUGGCACUGUUCCUGUAUCCAGACAGUGCACGCAUUGGGCAAACACAUCCAGCACCUUAAGGCUGAAAGGGUCUGUGAAUUCGACAGUCAUUUUUACAGUGGAAGAGCAAGGCACACAGCUCGCUUUCUGCUGGCACUGUUCCUGUAUCCAGACGGAUAUCAAUAUGACCCCACACCAGAGGUUUGGUAAAACUUCAAAGGGAUGGCCAACGACAGGUCGGGAUGAAUCAGCUAGCUAUGCAUAUAGUUAAUUCCACGUAGAUCAGUUGGAAGUUCAUCCAUACUGCUUUCUCUGAGACCGGCCAUUGUGUCGAUCUGCAUGUAACUAAAUAAACAGCAACAGAUAGUGCAUUUGAAAAGUCCAAA